AUGACUCGAACAACCUUAGCACCACCACGCAAUGGUGGCGGCAGAGAAAGUCAAUUUGUGAAUAACUUCUGGGGAUCAGGAGAUUAUGGAUAUACCACCAUUCAAACAAGAAUUAAAGAUUCGUUAAGAACCAUGCAAGAGUUGAUUGAUUUUUACCAAGAAAAGAUUCAUGUUGAAAAAGAAUAUUGUAAGAAAUUGGAGAAAUUGAGUAAUAAAUAUCCAAUAGGUACUCAUGAGACUGGAACUUUGAGGAAAUCGCUAGACAAACUAAAUGUUGAGAAUGAACAUAUGAUUCAAAAUACCUACAAGUUUGUUAAAUCAAUCGAUGAGAUUAAUCUAGUCAAAUUGAAAAAUUUCCAAGGUGUGUAUAGUAAAAAGGUGAAUAAACUACAACAUCAUAUGAAUAAAGUAUUGAUGAAAAAGCAAGACGCUUGGAAACAUUUGGAAAUCGUCAAGAAUAACUAUCGACAAGAUUGUAUCAAGAUUAAACAAUUUAAAUUAUUGCAGCAAACUACUUGGGGCAAGGAAUUGGAAAAACACCAACGGGAUUAUCAAAAGGUGAAUUCAUCAAUAAGCACAACUAGAAAGAAUUACCAAAUUGCUCUUGCAAGUUAUAACGAAAUUAAUGAUAUUUAUAUUAAAGAUUGGAAAAUAUCUUUAAAUGAUUAUUACAAAUUGGAAUUGGAAAGAAUUCAAACUUGUAAAGUGAAUUGUUUUAAUUAUUGCAAUAAUAUUGCCACCUUAUGCGUUGAUAAUGAUCAAUCAGUUGACUUGGCAAGAACAGUAUUUGCACAAAUUCAACCUCCCUGGGAUUUGCAAGAAUUUAGUAACAAUUAUGGUACUGGAGACAAGAUUUAUCAAGGUUGUGCUUUUGUUGAAUAUAUGAAUGGAGAAGAAGAAAAACCUAUUGAGUAUCUUUUAUCAAAUGUCAACAAUCCUGAUCAUGUACCUAUAUUGUCCAGAACAUACCUGACAUAUUCCCUGGCUUCUCAUGGAGUGGUGCACACUAAUGCUAAUAACAAUCAUGUCACUAAUACCAAUAACAAUCCAAAUACUCAUGUCACUAAGCAAUUACCACCAAUAGCACCAUUAGCACCAUUGGAUAUUGCCAAACCAAAAACUCCUUCCCCUACAAGGAAGCAACCUCCUGAGAUUGAAACAAAAUCCAACGUUCAUCAAGAUGUAUUUUCACUCAAGGACAGGGAGACCCAUGAUUCAGAUGAGGAAGAUUUCGCUCGUUCCAACGGUUCUUCUAAUUACUCCAAUCCAACCACAUACUCUAACUAUUCUACUAACUCUAAUAAUUCUGAACAAAGACAUUGGGCAUCGCCGAGAAGAAAAGAGAAACAGUUGCAACAAGUUCAAGAACAAAUCACCCGACGGGCAACUAAUGAAUUCCUGAAUUUAAUGAAGAAACCAAUCCCCAACUUAAGCAAACCUGACACUUCACCCACAAAAGUACCAGUUAUAAAAGAUUUUUCAAUUGAUUUCAUUGCCAAAGCUCUUGAAGAUUUGAAUUCUGGUGGAAAUGGAGAUGUUAACCAAUUUAGACGAUCGGUUAGAUCUCAAGCAGAAUCUAAACGAGAAAGCUAUCAAACCGAACCCACCACACCGGUAAGACCACAAUCAGAUUUUGUUGAUGAUAGACAUGAAACCGCUACUCGAUACGAAUCAAUUAAUUUCAAUUCUCCUGUGAAAAAAUCAACCAAAUCAUUUUUGAACUUACAUGCAAUGAUCAAUCGUACCCCGGCAAAUCAAAAACCGUUUAUUGGUAAGGCCAGGGCAAAGUAUUCAUUUACACCACAAUCAGAUGGAGAGUUGCUAUUUAAAAAGGGAUGGAAUAUGUACAUUAUUUAUAAACAGGAAGAUAAUUGGUAUGUAUGUGAAUUAGGAAACAAUUGCGAAGACCAUGAAGGUUUGAUUGGGUUAGUUCCUGGUAAUUAUUUAAUUGAAGGUGAUGAUUUAUUUUAG